AUGUCCGACAAACCAAUCCUCCUCAUCCUCGGCGCAGGCCGCAACAUCGCCGCCGGCGUAGCAUCCCGCUUCUCCACCGCAGGCUACGCCAUCGCUCUCGUCUCCCGCAGCUUCCCCCCCGAAGGCGGGCCCACCGCCACAACCGACCCAGAAACAGGCCACCUCCGCAUCCGCGCCGACCUCGCCGACCCGGCACAGGUCGUCUCAGCCUUCGCCGAAACAAAGCGCCAUUUCGGCGGACGGGCGCCGCGCGUGGUGGUCUACAACGCCGCUACCGUGAGCUCGCCGCCCGACGCGGACAAUAUGUUUAGUCUGUCGCGCGAGGCGUACGAGAGGGAUGGGACGGUGAUGAAUACCUCUGCGUGGGUUGCUGCCGGGGAGGCUGUCAGGGGGUGGAAUGAGGCUGGUGGUGAUGGGGAGGAGGAGGAGGCGAAGAAGGGGAGGUUUAUUUACACGGGCAACUUUUUGAACGAGACGAUUUUGCCGUUGGCGGAGUAUGUCACGCUCGGGGUUGGCAAGAAUGCGGCGUGGUAUUGGGUCAAUGUUGCUGAUGGAUUAUAUAAGUCGUCCAAGGGGUGGAGGUUCUUUUACGCUGAUGAGAGGAAGGAGGAUGGUAGUUUUGUUGGGGACACGCCUGGACCUGAGUCGAAUGGGACGUUUUACUUGGAGCUCGCCGAGGGUGCGCGGGAUUUGCCUUCUACGGUUACGUUUGUCGAUGGCAAGUAUAAGAAGUUUUAG